UCUACCAAAAGGUAUUCAAAAUGAUUAAAACUCUAGACAUUUCUCAUAUGUUUGAACCGAACCAGUAUUGCAGAGAAGAAGAGACCGAAAAGUUAACAGACCUUUACUAUCAAGAAGACGACUUCGCUUCUGAGGCCAACUCGUGGCUCAGCCGUAGUCUCACGUCUAAUAAUGUGACACAAAAACAGAGUUAUUUACAGUCAGCCUAUGAUUCGUUCAAAAAGUCCAGAAAUGAAUUCAACGCCUCAAUAAUUGACGAAAACAUUCGUCUAAAUAAAUAUCAAAUCAAAUUAGAGGAGAAAUUUCAUCGCAAAUAUCUCAGCCUUUCUUUGCAUCAAACUAUGAAACAACUCAUUAUUGAUAAGGAAUACAAACUCAGCGAAGAACUGAAGAAGGAGUUCAAAGUAGGAGAUCGUAGGUAUUGGUGGCUAAAGAUGACUAUUUUGGCCGAAACCGCGGAAUUUCUGGAAUUGGAAAAGUUUAGUAAAAUUAAGAAAUCGCCGAUUGGUUAUGAACCAUUUGUGGACAUAUGUCUCGAACACCGCAAUCGAUACGAAGCGCAGAAAUAUUUACUCAAAAUCAACGAAGAAAAUAAAAUCAAAUAUUAUGUCAAAUGCGGCCUAUUAGAAGACGCGGCGAAGUUUGCAUUCGAGGCCAAAGACGUAGAAGCGCUGGACUACGUGUCGAGCAGAUGCGGGCCAACCAAUCGAUUACUGGCCGACAAAAUCACAACAAUGAAGAAUCAACUCCGGCUCAAGUGAUCGCAGAAAUUAUUUAUCAACAAAAAACAAAAGCUAUUUAUUUUGAAUAAAUGUUUAUUUUUUAAUAAUUAAAAGAUAUAAUUAAAAACUUAAAUUACAUAAAACCAUAUAAUUUUUGAACUCAGAAUGAAUUGCUUUUGCAUUGAAUACAAGAGAGUAUAUGACUUAGAGUUUAAAUUAUUAAUAAUUAAUGAAUAAUAAUAAUAAUAACCGCAAAAUA